AUGCUUGUCCUCACACCCCAGAAAGAAGGUGACAGCUCAGACCCCCGCAUGCCACUCAAUGAGGCAGAAGGAGAACCGCAAUCUGGAGGUCACACUCACAACCACCCAGCCAAUGUUAACGUUAAUGUUCCACUGCCCUUUGUGGUGCUAGUGCAAUCCCCACGGCACUCCAUUCUGGAUACUACAGUUAGUGCAUGGGCAUCAUCCUCCGAAAGCUUCUCCCCUUGGGUUCAAUAUGGGGAAUCGGAUCUCAACGGCCAUAGCAAUGUGGGGGUUGAAACAAGUCACCCUCCCAAUUAUGCCGCAAGUACUACGAACAAAACCUUGUCGGCUACGCUGUGUGUUGAGAUGCAUGGUGAAAGUGGGAACAUCGACCCGCAAAUGCUCGAAAUCGACUGGGUCAGUUGCAUGAGCCCCUGCAGCUUUGUUUUAGGGUGA